AUGACGAUGAAUUUCGUGACGUUCAACCAGGACUAUAGCUACCUGGCGGUCGCUACAGGCAAAGGUUUCCGCAUCUUCACCACUGAUCCCUUCGCCAAAAGCUAUGAGACAAAAGAGGGCAACAUCGCGGUGAUUGAGAUGCUCUUUUCGACAUCUCUAGUAGCCCUCAUCUUGUCCCCUCGCCGGUUGCAGAUUACAAAUACCAAGCGGCAAUGCACCAUCUGUGAAUUGACCUUCCCGACCACCGUCCUGUCAGUCCGGCUGAAUCGCAAGCGCCUCAUCAUUGUCCUGGAGAAUCAGAUCUAUGUCUAUGACAUCCAGACCAUGAAACUCUUGUCUACCAUUGACACAUCACCGAAUCCUCAGGCUAUCUGUGCUCUCGCACCCUCUUCAGACAAUUGCUACAUGGCAUAUCCUCUCCCACAGAAAGCGCCUGCUUCCCAACCCCCACCUGCACAUGCUCCACCGGGGUCAACUCACGUCUCGCCCACCAGCGGGGAGGUCUUGAUUUUUGAUGCCAUAAAGCUGGAGGCUAUCAAUGUCAUUGAAGCUCACCGUUCGCCUUUGGCAUGUAUUACACUCAACAGCGAUGGGACUCUAUUAGCGACUGCCUCCGACAAGGGAACGAUCAUUCGCGUGUUUUCCGUUCCAGAUGGCCAUAAGCUAUAUCAGUUCCGCCGCGGCUCCAUGCCUUCGCACAUAUAUAGCAUGUCCUUCAACACCACUUCGACCCUCCUCUGUGUCUCCUCAUCCACCGAGACCAUCCACAUCUUCAAGCUGAGCCACCAAGGUCCCUCAUCAUCCGACGGGUCCCCUUCACCACUUUCCCCAGGGGGCCGAGACCAGACUUUCGGACAGAGCCCAUUCGGCUAUUCGCCCGAUGAGGACGAUGCUAGCGGGGAAAUUGGCUCUUCGGGGUUCCCCAACAGAAAACACAAUGGCACCUUGAUUGGCAUGCUUCGUCGCACAUCCCAGAAUGUGGGCGGAGCAGUCGCAGCCACCAUGGGUGGAUAUCUUCCCAAGGGCGUCAGUGAAAUGUGGGAGCCAGCACGAGACUUUGCAUGGAUCAAAAUACCUCGGCCCACCCACGGGCAGAGCGGGUCGGGGAAUGCUGGUCCGGUCCGAAGCGUGGUUGCUAUGAGCAGCAAUACGCCUCAGGUGAUGGUUGUCACCAGUGAUGGCAACUUCUAUGUGUUUAACAUCGAUCUAUCCAAGGGCGGGGAGGGGACUCUGACGAAGCAGUAUUCAGUGGUUGAUUCGACUGACCGACUGGGGUACUCGGCUAUGGACUUUUGA